AUGAAAAUCUUAGAGGAUGCUAUGAGAGGUCUUCGUGGGUUCGAUAGUAGCCAGAGUGUGAGAUAUGAAGAGUUGUGCACAUUUCCUGAGGUUGAGCUUCCACCCGAUUACAAGAUUUCGAAGUUUGAAAAGUUCAGUGGAUCAAGGAAUCCUUUCUUUCACUUGAAAAUUUACUGUGAAAAGUUGAUUGGCGUUGGAAACAACGAAGGGAUAAGAAUCAAGCUAUUCACUCAAAGUCUGACUGGAAAAGCCUUGGAGUGGUAUUCAAAGAGAGAUGUGACUAAAUGGCGCGGGAAUUUAAUCGGAGGUGGUGGAGAUGGAGAACGUGGUGGAGGUGGAGAUGGCAAUGGAGGAGGCGGAGACUUAAUUGGAGGUGGUGGAGAUGGAGAUGGUGAUGGAGGAGGCGGAGACUUAACUGGAGGUGGUGGAGAUGGAGAAGGUGGUGGAGGUGGAGAUGGCGAUGGAGGAGGCGGGGACUUAAUGGGAGGUGGUGGAGAUGGCGAUGGAGGAGGCGAGGACUUAAUUGGAGGUGGUGGAGAUGGCGAUGGGGGAUGUGGGUUCUUAACUGGAGGUGGUGGAGGUGGAGAUGGAGAUGGGGGAGGCGGGGACUUAACUAGAGGUGGUGGAGAUGGUGAUGGAGGAGGUGGAGACUUAACUGGAUGUGGUGGAGAUGGAGAAGGUGGUGGAGGUGGAGAUGGAGGAGGGGGGGAGUUUAUUAAAGGUGGUGGAGGAGUACAAUUAGGUGGCGGAGGUGGAGUUCGCAACCAGGGAUAUGGCGGAGGUGGAGGUGGAGGUGGAGAUGGCGAUGGAGGAGGUGGUGGGGAUGGAGAAGGUGGUGGAGGUGGAGACUUAACUGGAGGUGGUGGAGAUGGAGAAGGUGGUGGAGGUGGAGAUGACGAUAGAGGAGGUGGUGGAGGUGGAGAUGGCGAUGGAGGAGGUGGUGGAGAUGGAGAAGGUGGUGAAGGUGGAGAUGGUGAUGGAGGAGGUAGGGAAUUAACUGGAGGUGGUGGAGAUGGAGAAGGUGGUGAAGGAGCAUUACAAUUAAUAAAUGGUGGAGGCGGAGGAAUAGGGGUCCUUAUUGGAGGUGGUGGAGAUGGAGACGGAUAUAUAGGUGGAGAUAAGGAUGGAGAUGGAGAUGGUCCAUCGAGAGGUGUAAUCAAUGGUGGUGAUAGAGAUGGAGAUGGUCCAUCGGUAGGUGCAAUCAAUGAUGGUGAUGGCAAUGGAGAUGGAGAUGGGCCAUCAGUAGGUGCAAUUAAUGGUGGUGAUGGAGAUGGAGAUGGUUCAUUGAUAGGUGCAAUCAAUGGUGGUGAUGGCAACAAAGAUGGAGUUGGAGAUGGUUCAUCGAAAGGUGUAGUUAAUGGUGGUGAUGGCAACAGAGAUGGAGAUGGAGAUGGUCCAUCGGUAGGUGAAAUCAAUGGUGGUAAUGGCAACGGAGAUGGAGAUGGUCCAUCGAUAGGUUCAAUCGAUGGUGGUGAUGGAAACGGAGAUGGAGAUGGAGAUGGUCCAUCGGUAGGUUCAAUUAAUGGUGGUGAUGGCAAUGGAGAUGGAGAUGGUCCAUUGGUAGGUGCAAUCAAUGGUGGUGAUGGUAGUAGAGAUGGAGAUGGAGAUGGUCCAUCGGUAGGUGCAAUUAAUGGUGGUGAUGGCAAUGGAGAUGGAGGUGGAGAUGGUCCAUCAGUAGGUUUAAUCAAUGGUGGUGAUGGCAAUGGAGAUGGUCCAUCGGUAGGUGCAAUCAAUGGUGGUGAUGGAAAUGGAGAUGGAGAUGGAGAUGGUUCAUCAACAUAUGUAGUCAAUGGGGGUGAUGGUAAUGGAGAUGGAGGUGGUGAUGGAGGUGGAGAAUGGAUUGGUGGUGGUGGUGGUGGAUUAUGGUAA